GUCCCAACACCCUUCAGCAGCUGCUGGCACACUGAAUUCCGACCCAGCGCCUCACCUCUCUCGCCCAGAACUGCAGCUCCCAUACACGCGCGAGUCGCCUUCCUCGCGGGCGCCAGUACAGUCUCUCCCGCGGCCACCUAUGGCCUGCUGUUGCAGCUCUGUGCGGCUGCCAAUGCCCAUGCAGCAACAACAAAGGCGGCAGCGGCAGCCGCCGGCAGCUGCAGCUACAGGGGCAGCCCUGGGCCGACUGCCUGCUGCUGCAGCGCUCGUCGUGGCCUGCGUGCUGCUGGCACUGGCGCAGCCAGGGCACUGCCAGCCGCAGCAGCUGGCGGGUGUGCCCUCCGUGUCCCAGGUCGCAAGUCAGGUGUCCUCAUCAGGCUCCUCAUUCAUUGCGGAGGCCCUGGCGCGCCGCCGCGCCGGCAUCGGCAGUAGCACGCCGGCGCCGACGCCUGUGCCGGACAGCACUACCGCCACCGCCGCAGCCGCGCCCGCAGCCGCACCCGCAGCCGCGCCCGCAGCUCCGGCGGCCACUCCGGCAGCAGCGCCCACAGUUGCUCCAGCGGCUGCUGCGCCUGCCGCCGCGGCUUCCCCCACCGCCGUCACCGAUAAAUCGACAGCGCCUGCUGCUGCGGCACCAAGCGCCGCGAACACCACGGCGUCCGGCGAUGCAGGUGCGGCCGGCGGGCGACAAGCCGCCGGUGCCGGCGACACCGCCGCCGUCACUACGCCCACGCCGGCGGCGACGCCAGCAGCAGCAGCAGCAGCCGUAGGCGCAGGCGCAGACGCCACCGCACCGUCCAAUUCCACUGAGGCAACCGACACCACCACAGAGGAGGAGGAGGGAUACCUGCUUGAUGAGGGAGCGGCAGCGCCAGGCGCGGGCGAUGCCACGGCCACAGCCAUCCCCCAGCCUGACGGCGAGGGCGCCCCAUCAGUCCCAGCCGCUACAGCUGCUGCUACAGCCCGUGGCAACGGCUCAGCUCCUGCAGAUGCGUCCUCCCUCUUCCUAAAGCAGGCGGCGGCGGCAGCCGCCGCCGCCACCAACACCACCGCGCCUGUUGCCGCCGGCGCUGCCGCGGCCCCUGCGCCUGCAGGCAGUAGCAGUGGCAGCGGGGGUCAGGAGAACGUGAUGGUCAUGCUUUCCGGCAAGACGACAGAGGGCGGCAGUAGCAGCGGCAGCGACACCGCUGGCGGCAGUAGCUCGGGUCCGUUCGCGGACGCGGGGGUGACGGACGAGACGCCCGCGCCGGAGUCGGACUGCAGCCUGUCCCGGGACGUGGGCGUGUGCCGCGGCAGCUUCAUUCGCUAUCACUUCAACCUCGACACCAAGACCUGCGAGAAGUUCGCCUACGGUGGCUGCGGUGGCAACGGCAACAACUACGCCUCGUUGCAGCGCUGCGAGGACGUGUGCGGUGCCGCCAAGACAAGUGCUGCCGGUGCGGGCACGGAGCCAGCGCCAAGCGUGCAGCAGCCUGACCUGCGGUCCUCUGCAGCCUCCGAGCCCCAGCCAGAGCCGGCCGCCGCGGCGCCUGCGGCGGCGGCGCCUGCGCCAGCCCCAUCGUCUGCGCCUGCACCCGCGCCGGUUGCAGUUACGACCGAGGCCGCACCUGCGGACGCCAGUGCUGCACCGGCUGCCGCCGCCGCGCCCGCUGCGGCACCGGCCGCACCUGCACCGCCGCCACCGCCGCCUGCCGGCGGCUCCGCGGGCGCCAGCGUCCGCCCGGCGGCGAUGGCGGCUGUCUACCCGGCUGUGCUUGCGACGCUCGGGGCACUGUGCUUGGGAUUUCUCUAGGGCAAUACCUAAAUCACGGAGCACAUGUUGUGCUGUAGAGGGGUGUACGUUGUCAUAGUGGAAAG